ACUCUCUUUCCCCCCCCCGCGCGUGCUUUUCAUUAUCCAGUUUUUUGUUUUCCCUGUUCUCCAUCUCCAGACCUCGGAGUACACGUCCCAGCUUGGACCAGACGCACGAUCUUGCCCCCCAACCCCCCAACCCCCUCUUCCCCUCGUGGUCUCUUUGAACCAGCACCGAACUUUUCGGUUGAGCCCAGCCCUUUCCAUUUGAGAGUCUCAAGAUCUCCAUCCCUGUUUGUCACCGGGCAUUAUUGGCAGCCUCUCCCACGGUACCGACACGCGCCGUCCCAGACUUGUUCCGUGGCUCGAGGGGAAACCAAACCUGCCGACGAACAGGCUGCGCGGAUUUGGCAACUCCACCCCCUGCAGUGUAUUUACAAUUUACUGCUUUCGGUUCCCCACUGCGGCGUGCGGGACUCUUUCCACCCCUUACGAGAGAAAGAGAAACCUCCAUCCACAAAUUCGGUUCGUGACAGGCGGCUACCGACUGGGAUGGCUUGAUUGAAACAACCACAUUUGUCAAAGCGGACCUGGACUUUUCCUCGUUUGCUUCCUACCUUAAUCUCACCUUAAGAAUCGGGUUCCAGCUGGCCUGGCCUUACUCAUCCCACAAAAUUCCCCUCAAAAUCUUAGUGGAAUGGCGGGCGUGGCCACCGCGUUCUCGACAGAUGCGUUGACAUCUGGGGCCCCGGAUAAUUCAUCGCAAUGGGAGUUUUCGGUCCCAAUCGGUAGUGAUGGCGCCCAGCAUUCCACACGACCACGCAAUUCCCACGAUUCAAACUCCGUCCGUGCGAGAUCCAGCAAAAACCGCAAUUCGAACGGAUCCCGUAGCUCGUCUGUUUCCCGAACUGUUCACGCCCAUGAUGCGCCCUUCUUGCCCGGCCGAGGUCGACGAGAACAAAGUCAAAAUCGAUUCGGAAGCGAUGUCAAUAACCCGCGGGAUGCCCCUGGACAUGAAGCGCCCAUUCGAGCCCCGGUAGACGGUCAGGAGGGUGACGCAGUCGACUUCAAUAGUGAAAGUUGGAUCCAUCGUGAUAAGCUGGCGAAAAUCGAGAGCGAGGAGCUGCAUCAGGCCGCCAUAAUAUUUCAACGGCGGAUGAGGGCUGAGAGCAAGUCGAGCGCGGGGCGUGAAAGGAGCCAUGAUUCUCACCAGAGUGCUGCAGCCUCAGUGGCCUCGCCGAAAUCAGAGCACGCUGAACCUUGGCCGCAAAUGCAGGAAUCAUCCCGGAAUAACGAGGGCGACGGCCAAACCGAGGAGCGGCAGCAUUGGGAUCUUCGCCGACCAGAGGAAAUCGCUGCCGAUGAAGCAGCCGCCGGUUUUUACAACCACCCAGGUCUCCGCAAGAGCUCCUCUAGAAUUCCCAUUGCUGCAUCGAGUCCUGUACCCAUCUUUCCAGGCCGUGACUCUCGCGGGCCUCGCAGUCGUGCGGCGACUGAUGAGGACGAUGAAAGCCGUGGACGCAGAGCCAGCGAACCAUUGGCCACUGAUAUGGAACCCUCUACUCCCUCUCCAGGAAGUCGACCGGGCAGCCGUGGCUUCAAUGGCUUCAAUACCACACAAAACACCCCAGCUAAGAAGACUUCAACCAAGGCCACCGGAUCCACCACCCGUAAAACCUCAGCGCCUCCUACCAACAGGAAGACUUCCACGGUGAGAUCGCGGGCAGUGUCGAGCAAUACUACGCAGCGGCCUACUACCCGAGGUGAAAUGCGGCCUAUCACUGCUGCCAAUCGGCCAGAAGGUGAUCCCCCAUGGCUGGCAACCAUGUACAAGCCGGAUCCUCGUCUCCCACCUGACCAGCAGAUGCUCCCCACCCUUGCCAAGAAGAUGCAACAGGAACAGUGGGAGAAGGAAGGACGGACUCCGAAUACAUACGACCGCGACUUUGCACCUCUGGCUGUUUACCCCACCGACUUGCCUCCUGUGCCACCAAAGGCCGAGGAGCAGAAGCCUGUGGAAGAGCCACCGCAGAUCGAAGAGCCGCCCAAGGCCCGGACUCCAGAGCCACCGCGGCCCAAUACAAGCACCGGCUACAGUACGAUGCCCAAGGUGCAGGACACCCCCCCACUUGGCCUGACACCCAAUCCCAACUGGACUCCUCCGGUAGUCUCCGCCCAAGAGAAGCCGAAGAAGGAAAAGAGUUGUGGAUGUUGCGUUGUGAUGUGA